AUGAAGGAUAAGACUGGAUCGAUGGUUGCCAUUUAUUUUGGAGAGUCUAAGCCAGAAGAUGAAGAUCUAUACAUGGAAAGAUUAAUCGAAGAAUUGAAUGAAGUGAUUGAAACUGGGAUCGACACUGAUGGAGAGCAUUUUGUAGUUUCUCUAAAGUGUUUUAUAUGUGAUACUCCAGCUCUAUCAUUUUUAAAAUGUACGGUUGGACACAAAGCAAAAUUUGCGUGCGAAAGAUGCAAAGUCGAAGGCGAAAUUUUAGAAAGAAGAACCGUGUAUCCGUCAGUUGAUGCUGCUGAGAGAACUGACGCUUCUUUUAGAAACCAAACACAGCUGAGACAUCAUAAUGGCAUUUCCCCAUUGUUACGAAUAUUACCGUUAAUAAACAUAAUUUCCAUUUUCGUACUCGAUAGCAUGCAUUUACUUUAUCAGGGAAUAAUGAAGAAGCUUCUAGAUUACUGGUUUGAACAAGGAGCAAAUAGAUUAAUUGCUUGUUGGUGA